CCUGCCUUCUCAACACAUACACACCUAUGCGCGCUGCCUUGCCACCGCACAUUUUUGGUGCACUUGCUUUGCCGAGCGCUCUUCAUUAUUUUUGUCUUUUCAUUUGUAAUUGCCAUUCUUCUCAUCCCGGCACUUUAGAGUCUAUUGCCAACGCCAGCUCAUAUUUUAAUUCCUACACUAAACCACACACGCAACUCUGGGACAGCUGCAAUUUCAACAGAACUGAAAUUAACACGGCGAAUUGGUGACCGUCAUUUCAUUUCAUUUGCACCAGCAUCCGCAUUUGUGCGCUCACAGGAAGCAGUCUCUUCUCUUAUUUACCAUCCCAUCAACACCAACACCAAUACCGAUACCAACGCAAAAAACCUCUUAGGCUCAUCGCUUCAUUAUUGAAAUGGGUGCCAAGUACACCUACGACGAGUCGGGCGUCACCUUCUUCUACUUUGCACUGACUGUGCUCAGUUUGUUGGUGGCACCGGCCACGCUUUUCUUGCUUGCGGGCAAAAAGGACUCGGAUAUAAAUUCAAAGGCGAAGACCCCCAAAGUGCGUACUCGCAAGCUCAAGACAAAAUCGAACCUGCCAAAUAUUAAAUUUGGGCUGGUUCUGCUCGGCUGGUUUUUGAUUUUCUUGCUUUCCUACAAAGUCAAGAAUACCGAGGUCGCGGAGACUGUGAGGUGGGAUCCCUACGUGAUUCUGGGCAUCGACAACGGUGAGAGCGAGGAGGUCAUCAAAAAAAGCUACCGCAAGCUCUCGAUCAAGUGGCAUCCCGACAAGGUCACCCAGAACCUGAAGGAGAAGGCCGGAGAGAUGAUGGCUGAGAUUAACCGCGCGUACAAGACGCUGACCGACGCUGAGGCCCGCGAGAACUACGAAAAGUACGGCAACCCCGAUGGCAUGCAGACGCAGUCGAUGGGCAUUGCGCUGCCAAAGUUCCUUGUUGAGGCGCACGCGUCGCCGUUUGUGCUGCUGCUGUACGGCAUCUUGUUUGGGUUUGUAAUGCCCUUCUAUGUCGGCGGCUGGUGGUACAACUCGACACGCUACCAGAAGGACGGCAUCCUCAACCCGACCAUGGGCAUUUUCUUCAAGAACAUCCGCGAGCACAUCAGCCAGCGCAACCUUGUCGAGUUGCUGACAGCCGCCAGCGAGUUUUCCGAGGACAACCUCAAGUACCGCGACUCUGAAGAGGCUGCACUCAACGCAAUUGCCGAGAAGAUCCAGCUCGUGAGCCGCCGCUACGCGGUUGAGCUGUUUUCCAGGUCAAAGAAGUUUACCAGUCAGGACGCAUGGAAGGCCAACGUCUUGCUGCAUGCCCAUUUCUUCCGCGUGCAGAUCGACGAUGCCAAUCUGGCUGACCAGCAGCAGCAGAUGGUCGGGACUUCACUGCUGCUUGUUCACCGUGGCUUGCUUCAGAUUGCUACCGUGCACAUGUGGUACAGCUGCUCCAGUCUGCUCAUGAACAUCUCGCAGAUGCUCGUGCAGGGCGUGUACUCGCACGACGCGCCGCUCAUUCAGCUGCCUGGCAUCACCUGGGAGAACCAGCCCAAGAUUUUCAAGGAGAAGAAGCUGUACAGUAUCAACCAGCUGCUGCGUCUCCCGGCCGCCGAGCAGCGCCAGGCUCUGAGUAUCCUUAGCGACAAGCAAUUUGAAGAGGCCGUGCAGUAUGCCAAGGCCAUCCCUAGAAUUGAAUUCCCACGUGUCCUGCUCACUGUUGUCGGCGACAAGGUUAUUACCAAGGACUCGUUUGUCACGCUUAUAGUCAAGGUCAAGGUUGCUAACGCUCAGAGCAAGAUUGUGCCCCGUGGCAAGGAUGCUGCGGUGCUCGAUAUCGAGAGUAUCGCCGACGAGGACACUGCCGCAAUCGAGCAGUUCACCGCCGACCAUGCCAAGGUCAAUGUGAAGCAGUCGCCCCCCGAGGCGCUCUGCCCGUACUUUGCUGGGCGCAAGGACUCGCAGUGGUGGCUGAGCUUUGCCAACUAUCAGAGUGGCAAGCUGGUUGUCCCUCCCAUUCUGAUCAGCAACCUGGCCACCGAGCGUGUUAUCACCGUGCAGUUCCAGUCCCCGCCCCAGAACGGCUCCUACCGCUUCCAGCUGUCGAUCAAGUCAGACUCGUACAUUGGCUGCGAUCUCAUGCAGGAUGUCGAGAUGACCGUCGUCGACAGGUCCUCGCUUCCGGCCGAGCCACAGGUCGACGACGACAUUUCUGAGCCCGAGGCAGACUCGAUUGCCGGGCAGAUGGCGCAGAUGCGUGGGCAGCAGGCUGUUGCUCGUGGUGGAGGCAACGACAGCUCUGACGAGGAAUAAAGAGUGCUCGCAUAUUGUGUAGGGAUUUUUUUUUUCCAAUUUUACAGCAUUUUCUUUUUUUGGCACCACAGCAUUUUUACAACUAACGUAAUUUAAAUUUUGCUACAUCUCUUU